AUGGAUACUAAUUCAAAAUCAGCUUUGGUCGACUUUAUAAAUUCCAAUUUAUCUCAGAUUCCCUUCAAAACUCUCCGCGAACAUGAACAAGAGCCCUCUGAUGAACACAAAUUACAUGCAAUGAAAGAAAUCCUGUAUACAGAUCCUGGUCUGUUCCUUUCAAAGUGGGGGAAAUAUCUGCCAAAUGAGCAAUUGUCCAGGUUUGAAGUUCUUAGAGAUGAUUAUGAAGUUCAAUGGCAUCUAGAACAGUUUAAGAAAGAACGCACAGAGGGAACGGCUCCAAUAGACACACAACAAUCAAGUCGCCCAUCUGAAAGGAAAGAUAGGAAGGUUCUUAACAGAAGAUAUGUGUACCUGAUCACCAGGCUCGACAACACGGCAUAUUUCAGUGACGAAGAAAUGGAAAUGAGAGAUCCGUUGCUCUAUGAAGAAUAUGUCGGAAAGUAUAUACCAGAUGAAGAGAGGUAUCGUCCGUUCACUGAUGAUACAAAUCUUGUGGAUAGAAUGUAUUAUGAUAUAGACCAACACCACAUUCGUGAAAGAAGAGAACUGGAGCAACGUAUAAUGGAAGAACAGACGGCAGAAUCCGAAACAUCGGAUGAAGAAGAUGUCCCAGCCACCCCUCCUAUCAAUGGAACCUAUAACAGUACUGCCAUUCAGAAUGGCCAUCGGACGUAUUCAAUGGACGUCGAUACAAGCAACAAUAAUGAAGCAUCGCCAACGACUAACAGCGAUCAAUCAGCAGACGUCGCUCAGGGAGAUAUACCCCAAAUAUCAGAAGAAGAAAAACGCGGACUCAGAGAUCAGCUUGUUGAUAUUAUGAGAGCGAAAUUUCUCAGUGGAGAUGAUAGGAUAAUGACAUUCAAGAUGCAUAUUUUGAUGAAGAGGAACCAAACGAAAUGCAAGGAGAAUCGUCAGGAACAGGAAUUCAAGACUUUUGAUAUGAACAACGAGAAAGACUAA